AUGGAAAACGUCCGUGGAAGUCUGCUGUUUAUGAUGAUAACCCUGUUAAACAGCGCCUGUAGUAGAGUAAGUUACGGUAACUUUACCUACAAGACUGCACUUAACGUUGCACUUCUUAACGGAUACAACCCCAGCGUUCACCCAGGGCAAAACUACGGUACACAAAAACUGAAUGUGAAUGUUGGCUUCGAUUUAUUUAAAAUCCAAGAAUUUGAUGAGCUAGCAAGUGUAUUUACCAUUACUGGGGUUUUAACUGUAACCUGGUUUGAUGAACGAUUAAAAUGGACUCCUAGAAACUACAGCAACUUGAAUAUCACUCAUUUUAAACAGAAGGAUAUUUGGACACCACCAUUUGUCCUCUCCAACAGUUACCACAACAUCGAUCUGAUUGGUUACGGCGAUAUGACUCUCAAGCUGAAAUAUCAUGGAGAAGUUAACUGGUUCCUGCCACUGAAACUGUCCUCUUCUUGUGACGCUGAUGUGAUGUAUUACCCUAACGACGAACAAUCCUGCAGUUUGGAAUUACUGCCAUGGGGAUACACUGGGGAUUACAUGCAGCUUACGGUACCCAACCCUAUAUUAGAAACAAACACGUUUACAAAAAACCCUACUUGGGAUCUUGUAAGUACGUUUCAGAAAGCCUUUUCAUCUCCAAAGUUAGGUUAUAAAAUGGGGAUCACUUUUAAACGGAAACCUCUGUUCUUCAUGGUGAAUUUUAUUAUGCCUACCAUUUUCUUGAGUUUUAUCAACAUGAUGGUGUUCCUCCUCCCCGCUGAGUCAGGAGAACGUGUCGGCUAUUCUAUUACCGUGUUACUAGCCAUGGCCGUGUUUCUGUCCACAAUCACCACCAUUCUCCCCCAGACAUCAACGCCUAAUAUGGCUCUUCUCUGUUAUUUGUUCAUAGCCCAUAUCGGGCAGAGUCUUCUGAUAAUGAUAUGUACUAUAUUCGGGCUCCGGUUCUACUUACGAUUUCCUGAGGAUCAUGUACCAAGAUGGAUAUCUGGACUGACACGAUUUGCUUGCACUUGCGCAAAAUCGGCUACAUGCAAUGUUCAUCUUAGAACACCAAAUGCUGUUUCUGAAAUUAAAAUUACAGAUCAUGAUGGCGUUGAAAUAGUUGAAGACACCGGUUCUUCCCUCUCUGUCGAUGCGGUUACUUGGCAAUGCGUCGGGAAAGCGUUCGACCGUGUCUGUUGUGUGUUCUUCCUGAUGACUUCGAUAUCAUAUAACACUGGUUUUCUGGUAGUUAUGUACUACUGA